CCUCAGGACAGUGUUGUCCAAGCCCGAGACGAACAUGGCUGCUGCACUCAGAGUGAGGACGUGGAGGUGUCCCACAAGAGGAGUUUUUUCUCUACUGACGGUCUUUUUUCUAAUUCUAGUCAAAGCUGUAAAUGAAGCGACUGCAUCGCCAGAGAGGGGGUUUUGGAAAAUCACAGUUGUUAAUACCUCAAGACCUCUACAGUUAAGGAAAUCCAUGUAUAAAGACACGGAUAUUGAACUGAGUGUCUUUUCCUUCGACUGUCCCGAGAUGGUGAACUUGACGAUUCGCUGGUAUUUAAAGCACUACCCCUGUCACAACGACUACAACAAUAUUGACGAAAUAUAUGAAAAAACACAUCAGAACUGGGGGGAGAGCCUGGAUCCAAAUCCCCUCGUACAAGGAGAGUACAUCGAGCACCAGCACAUUCCCAUAACGUGUAGCGAUGAACUGAACUCCUUUCCAAUGCUAAGAAAAGCCAAGGCAGAUCCACGUCCACUCAAUCUAGAUGGCAACACUGACUUGCAGCUGCAGGAUGGAAGUGACGCUAGAUGGAUUGCUGAGGAGUAUGAAACUGCAAAGAACAGAAGUGGUGUGAAUAUCAGAGACAACGUCAUUGCCACUACGUGGAAGGACGGGCCGUACCUGCUCGUUGUUAAGAUUGUGUCUAGUAAACCAGACGCAAACUGGACUUUAACAGUUAGAGUGGUGAUGAAAGGCAGCCACGGCUACAUUUCUGUCACAGACUGGCCUCUCAUGAUUUUCUACAUGGUGAUGUGCAUAGUGUACAUCCUGUACGCCCUGCUGUGGUUUAUCUGGGCGGCCUGCUACUGGAAAGACCUGCUGAGGAUCCAGUUCUGGAUAGCUGGGGUCAUUUUCCUGGGGAUGUUGGAGAAAGCCGUCUUCUGUGCUGAAUACGAAAACACCAACGCCGUCGGCUCCACCUCUCCGGGGCUUUUGAUCUUUGCCGAGUUGAUCUCUGCCCUCAAGAGGACUUUGGCUCGAUUGCUUGUCAUCAUCGUCAGCCUCGGUUAUGGCAUUGUUAAGCCUCGACUGGGGACCGUGAUGCACAGAGUUGUGGGCCUCGGUGUCCUCUACUUUGCGUUCGCUAGCAUUGAGGGUGUCCUGAGGAUUACAGGGGGUCAAGACAAUGGCCCCGCGCUCAUUACAGAAAUAGUUCUGGCUGUGUUUGACUCCUGCAUCGUCUGGUUCAUCUUUGUCAGCUUGGCACAAACCAUCAAGACACUGAAGCUGAGGAGAAACCCUAUCAAGCUGUCUCUCUACAGGCACUUUACAAACACACUAAUAUUUGCUGUCAUCGCUUCCGUCAUUUUCAUGGGCUGGACGGUAAAGAAAUUCCAGUUAACAAGUUGCCAGUCUGAUUGGGUUGAGGUGUGGGUGAAGGAUGCAUUCUGGCGCUUCCUGUUUUCCGUCAUUCUGCUCGUCAUUAUGUUUUUAUGGAGACCAUCUGCAAACAAUCAAAGGUAUGCCUUCACGCCGCUCAUCGACGACUCUGACGACGAGGAGAUCGAGGAGUUCAUCUCUUCGGCAAACCUCGCAGAUGGUAUGAAGUUGAGAACUACUAAUACAAGUGAGAGUAAUGGUUCGGUGAAACCAGCAGAAACAAAUCCAGAUCAAGACUUGAAAUGGGUGGAGGAUAACAUUCCUAGCUCCUUUAGCGAUGUAGCUCUUCCAGUCCUCCUCGACUCCGAUGAGGAAAUCAUGACGACCAAGUAUGAGAUGUCAAAGCUGGAGUGAGGUGAAACCUUUCCAACCGUCUGCUGACAGAGAGGAAGGACAUAGCAGCUAUCCCUGACUCUGAAGCAUGGGUUUCUACAGGAUUUCCAGUCUGGUGACGGAGGAGUGCCAUUUCAUGUUUCAGAGGAUCCUCCCGAGCAGUCGCUGUUUUUGCAGGGUGGUGCAGUUCUAAAGGGGACCUCUGCUAAUUUCCCUUAAAUUUUUUAAGGACUUUACAGAAGUAGAACUUUCUUUUCACUGAGCAACAUUUUCACGAUUUUCCCAGAUCCGAUCGCUAUCUUUCCAAAGAGAACGUUUUAUUUUAUGUCGAGUGCUGUAUUUAUUUCUGUUGAUAUGAAUUUAUUUUAUCAGAGAAUUAACACUGGGCCUCAUGCACAAACAUACCCGGAUACAGGUUAAAUGUCUCUUUGAGAAUAUCUAGAUAUUGUUGCUGGGUUGUGAUAAGUAACAUAAUUAUAUAUGAUGGGAAAAAUAUUUUUUUUUUCUUCAGUAAAUAAUUCAUCGAAUUAUGUUUUUUUUCUGCCGGGACAGAGUUUGACCACAGUUUUCAUUGUUUAAUAUCUAACAGGAUAUUUCUUUAUAUAUAUUUAAGUACAGAAUUGGAAAGUUCACAGAACUUGAAGAAUUGAGUGUUUUUCAUGUUACUGUGAUUGUCCAAAGCACGGUUUUGUUACCAGCAUCAAAAUCUGAGACAAAGACAACUUGGCAGAUUCAAACACUGUAACAAUGAAUAGAAUAUUUGCUCUUAUGCACUUUCUAAGAUUGAGUCUGUGCCUACAUGUUCUUUCUUAUACGAGGCCUAAUCUGUCCGGGGUUAGAAUAUGUAUGAAAGAGUUUGUUCGUGUCUCAGAUCUAAACUACGACGUCCUGGGUGUUGGUGAAUGAGUGUGAGAUGGUUAAAGCACACACACGAGUCAUUUAUAUGAUUUAAAUUAGGCCGUAGUCUGUUCUAGUGUUUAGAAAUUAGGGUUAGCAUUUACGUUUUGGAAACUACUGUACGGGUGUGGGAGCUUCUGCGUCUUCUCGGAUAUCUACGUUAACGUGAGGUUAAGUGACUUCAUUAUUUAUUUGUGUUUUAAGUGUACUUAUAAGUUGUUUAAGUUUGUGUUUACCUUGUUUUCUCUGGGUGUGUUUACAAUAUGUGCUUCCAGUUUUUUUUAAUGUUUUAAUCCACGCACAAGCAAAACAUAAAACACUUCAAUUCGUUUUUUGUUUCUUUGCAAUAUUUGCCUUUUUUUUUUGCUGUUAAAAUAAUUGUUUCACAGACACCUUAAUGAUAUUAAUGUUAUUUCAAAUAUGUCUUAAUGUGUUUAUUUUCUAUUCCUGGUAAUGGCUGUUUGUGUGUGGAGUUGGAACAGUUGUCAUUGUGUGUGUUGUCUGGAGUAAAUGUAGCAUCAGUGGGUUUCGUUGUCCGUCUACGUCAUCCCAUUUUCCAAUUUAACGAGAUGAGUGAUUAGUGCCAGCACAAGCCGGUCACCUGAAUGCGUUUAUAUUUCUAAUGCUUGGAAACCUGGAAUAAUUGUGCUUAUGAUGGCAAACUGUCCUUCUCUUACAUAAAACUGCAGCCACCUGCGGUGGAUCACGAUUAUUUGUACAGGUGGGUUUUGGAUGAUCCCUGGUAUUUCAUAAUUCCACAGAUGAAGAGGUGUCUGGAUAAUGUGACUCAUAAUUUUUUUUUUUUCUUUUUUGUCAUGGGUAUCAUGAGGAACUGGGCUUGAAACUUUUCAUACCAGUCAUUUUUUUCCCUCCUCUCUUUUCCUUUCCAGGAAGAGUGUCCACAACGAUUUAAUAUUUGAAUUCAGGAAAAUCGUUUGUUUUGUUUCCUGAUCUUUGACCUGAUUUGAUUGUCAGUAUUAAUAUGGCAAUAAAAAUACAUAUUUUA